GAGGAAACGAAAGCGUCUGGCAGGAAAACGGUCGUGUUUGUUGCCGCAGACAGACUAAUUUCAGGAGGUAGCUUCACUCCGCUUCUCGUAAAUCUGUGGCAUUUGGUGAACACCCCUAAAAGCAGCCAUGACAUCUAAAGGUGCCAAAGACAACUUUGUCACCAAGUUGGGUUUCAAAUCGAGCAGCUCGACCUCUAAAGCUGAGGCGGAGCUGGACAAAGUCAAGAGGGAGAAUGCUCACCUCAGAAAAAAAGUCGAUGAAAUGGCCAAACGACACAUCAAACCGCCUGACUCAGACAAAAGCAAGCUGCUUGAGAGGAUUCUUUCCCUUGAGACACUGAGAGAGAGAAACAACCAGCAGUUGCAUGUCAAAGAGCAAGACCUAGAAACACUGAGACAGCAGCUUACUGCUAGAGGAGGAGAGGUGGUAGCAUCACUGCAGGCCCAGCUGGAGCAACGGAGGAAGGAGGCUGAGCAGAGAGAUGUGUUGUUCCAGAACUUGUCACAGGAGACAGAGAACCUGAAAAACCAGCUGGUCACUGUUUCUACCAGGUGCCAAACUCUGGAAACACAGGUUGUGAAUGGACAGGUACCUCCUGCAGACGUGGCUUUGGUACAAGAUCAACUAAAAGAUGCUCUGGAGAAGAACCAGCAGUGGCUGAUGUACGACCAGCAGAGAGAGGCCUACGUUCAGUCCGUCCUCGCUCGCGUAAAAGAUCUGGAGCAGCAGCUACAAACCAAACAAAAGGCCGCUUCAGAUGCUCCUUUAGACUCAGCAGGUCCAGAAAAGGAAACUCAACUGAAGAGCCACUAUGAGCAGUUGCUUUUGGGCGUACAGAAAGACUUGGACUGCCAAAAAGAUUUGGUCAUUAAAACCAAACAGGAGCUGGAUGUGCAGAGGACACAGACGUUGAAUGCUCAGGCGGAGCUGCAGUCUCAGAAGGAGCAGGUCACCAGGCUCCGGGAGGAGACAUGCAGACUGCAGAGGAGGUAUGAGGACAAGAGCAGCGAGCUGUCAUCCUUUCUGAGGACGUACAACGAGAAGAGCAAAGAGCUGGAGGAGGCCAAGAUACAGCUGCAGGCCGAGCGGCUCAGCAACAGACAUGAAGCGUGUGAGGAGAGAAAGGUGUCGACUGAGCGAGCGGACAGGAUGAUAUCCGAGCUGGAGAGUAUGGACUUCCGACUGGAGGAGGAGAGGAAGAGAUCUGCUGAACUUCUGCAACAGGUUAAUGUGUUACAGCAGUCUCUACUGAGCCAAAGUGAAGAACAGAGGAGGAUUGCAGCUCUGGAGCAACAGAUCCAGCUCUCUGCCAAGGACUUUGAGAAUGAAAAGAUUGAUCGUCAGAGCAUGCAGCACCAGUUACAUAAGGUUCUGAAGGAGCUCCGCAAGGCCCGAGAUCAGAUUGCCAAGCUGGAGUCUGCUAAGCACACAAACGCCCGUUUUUCGGAGCCCAGCUCUUACAACAGCCUGGAGUUUGAUCGUCUGACUCUUGACGUCUCGCCCGGUCCGACAUCUCCCUCUAAAAUCAUAAACCUCCUGGAUGAGAGUUUCCUGGAGUGCCCCAAGUGUCGGGCCCACUAUCCCACCAGCCGCCACAGGGAGCUGCUGGCACACAUUGACUUCUGCUUAGCCUGAGUCCAGAUGUUUAUUCCCUGCCUGAGUGUAUGGAUCCCAUCUCUACCAUGAAGGUUAGCAAGGUAUCCAAGCAGAGAAAAUAAACGAUAUUUGAUACCUCCACUUGUUUAAAACUCCUCCAGGCCUCUACAUUUUAAAUAAAAAGGGAUUUAAAAAAAAAAAAGAUGACUGUUUGGUUAUCUGGUCACGGUAGAAUCUAGUCUUUGACCAUGGGUAAAAAGUAGAGAUGCACUGAUUGUGAAAAUCAGAACCCAUACUGAGGUUUAAAAUGACAAAUCUCUGACUCCCUAUUCCAACGCGGAUGUUUUUUUUAUUAUUCUUCGUGUCUGUUUUUCAAAUGAGAGAUGAGAUUGGGUGUGUUUGUUGCUGAUCUUUCCCAGAGAAACAAAUCAGAGUUUGUCCGACAGGUGACUUCUUCUCUGCCAACAGGGCUGAUACCGAUGUCAUCCGAUGAGUUUGUGCAUCCUUUUUAAAAUGUUAACUUCACUUCUUUUUUCGCCAGCUGUGGAACAACCCGACUACAUCACAAAGAACCAUUUAGAGAAAUUAAGAUCUUAAUUUGAGAUUAUUUGAUUUGUUCCGCUUUCAAUACCAACACUGAUUCCUCAAAAAGCUGUGUUAAAAACAACAAAGGUUGUUCAAGGAUUUAAAAAAAACAAAAACGUUUUAACUUAUCUAACAAAGCGACUUACCGUGAGUGCAGCGUCUGAACACGACUGAUUUCAUAACCGUGAUGGGUUGAGGUGUAUCCCCGUUUAAUCUUCUUCUCUUGAGCUAGAAUAACCUUUUUCUUAGGUAACACAGACGUGGUAUUUAAACAUUUAUUUAUUCAAGGGGGAUGAGGGACACUCCAAAAUGUUUAUGUCUGAAACUGCUCCGUAUUCAGUAAGACAGUUUAAAAAAAAAAAAAAAAAAAUCCAGUUCUAUAACCAUUAGGCCAAAGAUUGACAUUUACCGAACUAUACAAUUACCUUCCUUUCUUUGUGGACUUUUUAAUAUAUUUGUUGUAUCUUUUUUUGGGGGGGGGGGGCAUUGUAUUUGUUUUGUUUUCCUUUGAUGAAGCUCUUGUUGAAAUACUGUAGUGUGUACUUGAUGAACUUAUUUAUAUUUGGGUUGUCUUUAAAAGUAAGAUAUUAUUUUUCAAAUAAUUAAAGGUUUUAUUUUUCUGCAUUUGUUUUUUUUUUUUUUGGAUUAUCUGGGGAGUACAUUGUAUUUUAUUUGUAUGAAAGUUUACAAAGCAGCCAGAAAAGUGUUCCUCCACAGUGAGUUCCAGUAAUCAAUAAAACUGCAUAUCGGUUUAAAUAUUGGCGUCACAUUUGGAUUGUUUGAAUUAUACAGAGAAUAAGAAUCUCUGAGCAGCAACAAUCAGUUUGUGUCCAAACAGUCAGGCAAUCCUCGCUGAUCAACGUUGAGUGUAACAAUGACCAGGAUCUGUCUCCAACCCGAACUGUUCACUCACUCAAUUUGCCUAAACUCAACCAGACCUUUAGCUUUUCUUUUUUUGCAGCAGGGAGCUUAAUUGGUCACAUGGUGCCAGGUCGUUCAUGUAUUCUCCCGCUGUGUAAGUGAAGCUCACUUCUGUCUACACCUUGACUUUUCAAGCCUGCAGCCCUCUGAGGCUGGAAUGAGAUUGCAUGAGUUAAUUCCUUGUACUAAACUAUUUAAGGCAGGGGGAUUAGUGAAGGUGCCUUUAUUCCUGCAGCCUCGGUAAUGUGACUUGAUAGACUUAAAGACAGACGGACACUGCUACACUGGCAUAUUUUAAGGGCGCUGUUUUGUUUGAACUGAGGAUGUGUAUCUUUUAUAAAAUGGGAUCUCAGAAUCUAUUUUUGCUGUGUUUUAUAGUUGACUUUAUUUCAUUGUAAUCGUGGGCUCUAGAGUUGCUUUGCCUUGCACUGUACUGUACAAAAAUGUGCAAUAAAGAUGAGAAUCUCCUUCCAA